AUGUCUCAUGGAAACUACUUUGAGGCAUUGGAUAAAAUCCUUAAAGAUGUCAUGACAUGUCUCGGUCUUCAAGAUACAAUUUUUUGUGGCAAGGUAGUUGUUUUUGGAGGAGAUUUUAGACAAAUUCUUCAUAUAGUUCCAAGAGGAGGUCGUUCUGAUAUUGUUCAUGCUUCAAUUAGCCCAUCUUAUAUUUGCGAAUCAGAUGAUGGUUUGGUAGAUAUAGCAGUUCCUCAAGAGCUAUUAAUAUUAAAUUUUGAUGAUUCUAUAAGGGUUAUUGUCGAUAGCACGUAUCCCAAUUUGUUAGAAAAUUACAAAGAAGAAUUCUUACACUGUAGAGCUAUUCUUGCUUCAACCAUUGAAGUAGUGGACAAAAUUAAUCAUUAUGUAUUAGACUUGAUUCCAGGAAAAGAGAAAGAGUAUUUGAGUUCCGAUUCAAUUGAUAGAAUGAAAGUCAAUUAUAAUGAAACUUAUGAAGUGCUAACUUCUGAAUUUCUUAGUAAAUUGAGAACAUCGGGUCUUCCAAAUCAUAGAAUCAAAUUGAAGAAUAAUGGUUGGUGGAUUAUAUUAGCUUAUACUAUUUGUAACUAUGUGAAUGUUAACUAA